CCAAUGAAGCCUUUUUAUUUUAUAGUCCUCUCGUUACACACAGUCUCGCCGUCUCCUGUCUCUCCACCGCUGUCGGCGUGUCGGUGUGGUGUUAAAGGAAGAUGGCUAGUGGUAGCUUGAAAAGGCUUGUAACUUCAGCAGUCACUAUUGGCGUGACAGAAGCAAGAGCAAGGAUCUUCGGACAUAUGCUUAACCCAACAGGACAGAGAUCUCCUCAUAAGAUUUUAAGGAAGAAGCUUUUUGGUGAUAAGGUUGCGGAAUGGUAUCCAUACGACAUCAAGAAUGAGGAUCCCAAUGUCUUGGCUAGAGAAGAAAAAGAGCGCUUAUCGAAGCUUGAGAUGUUGAAGCGUCGUGAUAAAGGACCACCGAAAAAGGGUCAUGGAAGACGUGCUGCCAAGCGUAACAAGUAGAAAAAGUAUCUUUCUAAUAAAAUCUCUGCACUUAUAGAAUCUUCAGAUUUGUUCUGCUUAAUGUCAGAUUGAACUUAUCAGUAGAGUCAUCUCUACAUAAAUUUCUCGUGCUCAAAACUUCAUUGGUUCUUCACAAUGAUAUUUCUAUGCUGAGAUCAAAGUUGAAAGCUAUUUGCUUCCUGUUUGACUUCAUAACAAAGUUUAAAGAUGGCCUUUGUUUCUUU